AAUUUGCAUCGCUUCUAUUGCCGUUUUAUUUUGAAAUUUAACUAGCUACACAAGCUUUUACUUUUGUAAUUGAGGAGCUUCCUCUUCCCGGAAGUAUGUUCCAUCGCUGUGUGGCACUUUGGUGGGCAGGUUAGGUUUCUUGGGAAGUUAUUGUGGCACGUCGAUAUCAGAGGAAACUCGGUUGCAAUGCAGAUCCUCACGCCUCACGUUUACUGGGCGCAGCGGCACGGAGAGAUCUAUCUCCGGGUGGAGCUCAGCGAUACCAAGAAUCUUGAAAUCAACCUGCAAAACAACACAAUUCAGUUCAGAGCACUAGGACAUGGAGCUAGAGGAGAUAAUGAAUACAAGUUUAGUUUAGAGUUCUUGGAAACCAUCAGACCUAAGAUUGAACACAAGUCAACACAGCACCAGGUUGACAUCAAAAUCAAGAAGCAGGAAGAGCGCUGGUGGGACCGUCUGACGCUACAGGAGAAGAAGCCUCUAUUUCUGGCUCCAGACUUCAACCGCUGGCUGGAUGAGUCUGAUGCUGAGAAGGAGCUUCAGGCUAAGGAGGAAGAACAGAUAAAGAAGAUAAAUGUGGAAUCAAGAAUUCAGAAAGACCUCCACCUCGGCCUGAAGAAAGGCUACUUAUUUAUGUACAAUCUGGUGCAGUUCCUUGGAUUCUCCUGGAUCUUUGUCCACAUGACCGUACGGCUCUUCAUUCUUGGUCAAGAUUCAUUUUAUGAUACCUUCCACGUCACAGCUGAUGUGAUGUACUUCUGUCAGAUGAUGGCCGUGCUCGAGGUGAUUAACCCCUUGUUAGGCUUGGUCAAAACUGGCUUUUUCCCCGCCAUGAUACAGGUAGCAGGGAGGAAUGUCAUUUUAUUUGUCAUCUUUGGCUGCUUGGAAGAGAUGCAGAAAAAACCUGUCGUCUUCUUCGUGUUCUACCUGUGGAGCACCAUUGAAGUCUUCAGGUACCCUUUCUACAUGCUGGCCUGCAUUGGCACAGAGUGGAAGCUGUUGACAUGGCUCAGAUACAGCCUUUGGAUCCCACUGUACCCACUUGGGGUUGUGGCUGAAGCGGUUGCUGUGAUCCAGUCCCUCCCCAUCUUUGAUGCAACACAGCUGUUCAGCCUCCCUCUGCCUGCACUGCUGGGACACUACUUCAGCUUCUCAUAUACUCUGCAGCUCUACCUGGUUCUCCUGUUCUUGGGACUCUUCAUCAAUUUCCGAUAUCUAUACAAGCAGAGGAGGAGACGUUACCGAUCAAGGAAAAGGAAAGUUCACUAAUGGAGCAGGACAUAGCUCAUACGAUGAGCUGCAAUAUUUGUUUCUUUUUGUCAUUGAUACAUACUGCUUUCCUUAUUCCUCCUUUGCCUGGAUGUUUUAUAUGGCAUUUUUUUUAUUUGGUGUUUCCUACAUGCCUCUAUUUAGAUUUCCACUCUACAAGUAAUUGUUUGACUGGCUCAUGUUUUGUUUAUUGUUUUCUAUGAGUGAGGUAAACGUAAUUAUAGUCAGGGAGGUGCAUAACAAUUUUGAUCUCGUUCUCAAAGGGGCAUCAAAGGUUGUUGGUGCAAGGCUUUUUCCUUGCCCACCAACUUCACUGUAUGAACUUAAAGUAGGUAUGUGUGUAAAAUUUCAAAGAUGAAUUGAUUUACAUGAGACCAGCAUGAUGAGACAGAUCUUUUAAAGACGAAUCCAGAUAUGUGUGAUUUUCUUGCGGUGGAUACACACUAUUUUUAUUUUUUAUUCUUAUAUUACAGUACGAGACUGCAAUCAGCUGAUAUGGCUCAGUUGUCUUGGGCAGCAGCCUGCAGUAUUUUAUGCUCCACAGACCAGUUUUCUUUAAAGACGUCAUCGUAGUCCCUCCGCGCUCAUGAGCCACCGUCGCCACCCCACAAGUGGUGCCGUUUGCGGCUGAGUUUCUUGUGUGGCACACGCAGCUGAGCUCAACUGAACUAAGAACGGAACAAAUCUGUUCAUGAAGGGAUUCCAAUCAGUACGUUUACUCAACAGAUUCAGUCUUUUGAACAAGUCGUCUGCGAACGACACAACACUACUGGUGGCGUCCCCCCAUCCCCACCCACCACCAAACCCAAAAUGUAAAGUUCUUGGCACGCAGUCACACAUGAAUCUGGUACGCUUUUAGUAUUUUCAAUGUACAUGCACACCUGUGCACCACUUAUGUGAAAAUUUAUUAUAGUAUUUGUCAGGUUCAAGACACCUAAAACACUUGUAAAAAAUCAAGACAGACACAGAGGUAGUUCAGUUUUCAGACUUGCAAGGAGAAAACAGCCAAGAGUGUACUUAGUUACAGUCUCCAACCAUUUCUGAGUUCACUCUUCCUGAUUCUCUCUUUUUAUUACUUUAGGGCAGUUCCCUUGUUACAUAUGAGUUACAACGUCAAAAAGGUGGGGGCAUACAUGCUUGUUGUAACUCAUGUGAUCAGCACAUAACACUCUUUGUUGUGGUUUAUAUACUUCUUAUCAAGCCACAGGAAAACUCCUCGGCUCAAGUUUGUCCUUGCACCUGCAAUCACAUGACUCAUCCUGUGGGAGAAAGCUUUGCACGCAGUGAUAAAACAUUUCUCUAACUAGAAGUAAGCAGAAAAGCACAACACAUGAUAAUUUAUUUACAUUUUUCCAUCAGUAUUAUUUACAUUCAAGAAAAUAUCCAAUAAUUCUUUUUUUUUGCCUAUUUGGCGUACAUAAUCAUUUUCCGGCUCUUCGGUCUGUGAGACGAGCGAUACUUCUGUCAUCUUGUAAAAGAAAGCUGGCAGGUUGAACCCUCCACCCCGGCAUAAAUGAGUUGGUAAAGAGUAGGCUUUACACGAUCGGGGUUUUGGGGUUCACAGAGUUUAAUAAAAAACGAUAACCGAUCACCGAUCUGAUCACAAGAUGGAGCAAUGGGUCUUUUUAAAUGACUUGUUCAUUUACUUAAUUGCUCUAAAAAUUUUUACAAUAAAUAUAUUUUUGUUCAUCUAUUUAUGCCAGUGAGCCAUAGUGACAGACAGAACAAAUAAUUGCUCUUUUAAUAGAUGGCAGGAAGUACAUACAGUAAUUAAUGUAUCCAAUUUUUGUGACAUUUUUGUUGGUGUGCCGUGUGAUUAUUCAAUUGUAAAAUAUGUGCCUUGGCUCCAUAAAGGUUGGAAAUCACUGCUCUAGUCAGGUCAUGUAUUCUAAUCAGUCAGGUCAAACCAACAUUACAACAUGACAGAAAUAAUGGGUCCUAACUUACUGUAAUUAAAUCACUUUAUUGUAAUUACAUUACUUCACACCACCAGAACUUUAGAGCAUGAUUCGACAGAACGCCUUUACAACCGUUAGUGCUAGCACUAGCUUGCUAGGCUACAUAACGUUUUGUUGCCUGCUUGCGAGCCGUAUCAUAUUAAAAGUACGUGAACAUACCUCACGCAAUCCUUGAAUUAAAGUCCUCUCCCGAGCACCGGUGACCACAAACACAUGUUUUUCCCCAUUUAGUUCUUAUAAUACACACAGACGCGAUCGAUUGUUGUUGUCGUGGCCGUGGAAACGAGUGUAUCCGGUCGCGUAUGAGUUGACAAGAUAAAGCCCAGUGAUCGUAAAAGACGGGAUGCGGUGGUAUUAGAAUACAAGAUUUUGCAGUAGUCUGAAAUCGUGAAAGACCAACUUUGUCUUGUAGUCUGAUCUGGGCAUUACAUGUUGUCUGUCCCACACCGCCUGACGUUUUUUUUUUUUUUUUUUUUUUUUUUUUUAUAAAUAACUUUUGGCGGCCAGAUAUUUACAGUACUAUGUCAAAAGACACAUGUCAAGGCUAAAAAUAAACUAGAUUUUGGAUUCAAACGUACCAGACAUGAUGGCGACGCGGAGUAAAUGUCUUUUGCGCAGCCGAUCAACGAUGUCAUUGAUCGGAUCGGCCCGAAGAGGCUGGUAGCACGGUUGCUAAUAACUGCAACAGAAAAGGAUGGGGCGCUUGCAGAUUUCAACUGAUAUGCCAACACUAGCAAAGCAUUCUGGGAUUUGUAGUAUUAGUGGCGCAUGCACUCAUGGCAUGCCCGCUCUAAUACACAUUUGAUAUGGUCUCGAUUUGAUAUGGGCCGAAUAUAAUUACAUCUGGCCUGUGGGUCUGAGUUUGACAUAUAUGGCUUAUUGCAUUAUGUUGUUGCUAAGUGUUAAUGCACGUGUAGUCAUCAAACUUUCUUUGUUGUGGCCUGCCCAUUAUGCCUCUGUAGUUGAGUGAGCUCAGCAGCACCAUUUUCAUGACAUCCAAAUCCAAAUGACUGCUGUUUGUCAACACAGCAUUUCCUUUAUGACACUCGUUGUUGUCAAACAUAAGAAAUGUUAAUAUUUUUUAUAUAUGCUGAGCCUUUAUUUUGUGUAUUAUUUAUUCAUAUUAAAUUAAGAGGUUACUUUUUGUUACGUGUUUUACCCUGAGUAACAGUUAGGUGUUUUGGUUGUUGAAUGCUGUUUGUAUUAUCUUUUAUUCUACGACAAUGUCUUGGGAAACUAAAAUAAAAAACUCAUUUAGGAAGUAGUUGCGUUUUCCAAAGAAAACAAAGUAGAGCUGUAAACUAAAGGUUAGAUGGUCAGAAAUGGAUUUGAAUAAAACAGAUGUUUGUGCGUUCUGUUUUGCUCAUAGGAUGCUGUUCUCCAUUUCUUUAUGAAACCAAAAAGAUGUAUUAUGAUAAGGUAUAGUGUUUAAAUAUGCUUUAAAGUUUGUAGUUAUACUGAUACAAAAAUAUAUCAUAUGCACUAAUAUGCCAAUCGUUUUGGGGGAAGAUCACCAUCAGCUGUUGUUAUGACAACCAAUUUUCUGUAGCAUUGUACGUGUGUACCCUGCUUCUCACCCAAAGUCUGCUCGGAUAGGCUCCAGAACGCUUGCGUGGAAUACGGAAGCUGGAUAGACGGAUGGAUGAAACAAAUGAACUUAUUCAGUAUAUUCAGUUAGUCACAGACUCAACAUUGCUGAAUGUAAAUGUAACCAAAGGAAGCAGAUCGCAGCACUGCCACCUCACGCUUGUGUGAAGUAGACAGAACUGGACUCACCUUCAGUCCGUCACAACGACUGCAUGACCUUAUUCCACUGUUCAAGAGUAGUAGGAAGUAAUGAAGUAUGAAUACUUUAUUCUGUUUCACUUGAGUAUUUAUUUUCCUGAUGACCUUUUACGUUUACUCCCUACAUUUGAAAACAUCAAGACUUUCUACACCUUGCUUUGUCCAAAUAGUCUUGUUACUUUUUUCCCAACCUAAGAGGAUGAUGCGACAAUGUAAAAAAAGACAGACAGAGAGAGGUACAGCCAACUGCAGUUGAGCUCUUGAUUGAUUGAGAUCUCUGGGACUUCUUAAAAAAAAAAAAAAACACGGACUGGAGGAGAAGUAUAAACAACAAUGAUACAACAGAUAUUGAGAUGUAAGAUAUUCCCCAUGGCCAUGGAUAGUUGAUAACGUUGAAUGACUGAUUCGUGGUAAAUGCGCUGUCUUGUGCCAGCCUAACCUUCUGGUGUUAAAUUUCUCUGUCUCAUCUGGAAAAAAAAAAUGUACAGAUAAGGUGUGUUUUAUUCAGAUAUCUUUGCUAAUUUGGCAAUUUUGUUGUUUUGUUUUGCUUAUGCCAGAUGUGCUCAGUCCUGAUUAUCCUGUCAGAUUUUAGCAUGCAGUAAAGCUAAUAAAAGAAAAAAAAAACUAA